CAAACUCACUCUUCCUUUUCCUUCUCCCUCUCCGUUUUUCAAUUUCACUCCGCCGCCGCCGUCGCUUCAAUGAACAGCAACUCUCUCUUCAAAUUUCCUCCUCAACGCGUUCAAUAUUUCAAAAUUUUCUUAUAAAACUCACUCCAAUUAUUCCUCACCCCAUCCAUCUCAUCAUUUAAUUAUAUUCCUUAAACAAAAAUGUCUCGUCCGAGUUUUUUACUUGCUAUUAGUGUUAUUGCGGCGGUCUUAGUGGCAGAGGUUACGGCAGCGGCGGUAACUACGGCGGUUUUGAUAACCGUGGAUCAAUCUGGGAAGGGGAACUUUACGAAGAUUCAACAGGCGAUUGAUGCAGUGCCGAUAAAUAACAAGGAGGAAGUGUUUAUUUCGGUGAAGGCGGGGAUUUAUAGAGAGAAGGUGGUGGUUCCGGCGAAUAAACCGUUCAUUACUAUAAGUGGAAGAAGAGCGGUGGAUACGAUCAUCAGUUGGAAUGAUAGCAAGAAUACUUAUAAUUCUGCAACUCUUGCAGUUUUGGCCUCUGAUUUCGUUGGACGAUAUCUCACAAUUCAGAAUGGAUACGGGCCGGGUGCACAAGCAGUGGCCUUACGAGUAUCUGGAGAUAGAGUAUCAUUUACAGCAUGUAGAUUUUUAGGCCAUCAAGACACUCUCCUAGAUGACAUUGGUCGUCAUUACUACAAAAGUUGUUACAUCCAAGGAGCCACCGAUUUCAUAUGUGGAAACGCAGCUUCAUUGUUCGAGAAUUGCCACCUACGGUCAGUUUCGGAGGACGUCGGGACAAUCACAGCCCAACGGAGAGAAUCACCAUCGGAGAAUACAGGGUUCGUAUUCAUGGGGUGUAAGAUCACGGGAAUAAACUCGGCGGUUUUAGGAAGGCCGUGGGGAGCAUUCUCUAGAGUCGUGUUUGGAUUCACUUUCAUGUCGGACGUUAUUCUCCCGGAGGGUUGGGAUAAUUGGCAAGACCCAUCCAAACAAAGUACGGUUUACUAUGGGCAAUACAAAUGUUAUGGAAAAGGAGCAAAUACUUCGAGAAGGGUAUCGUGGUCAUUUACUAACAUGACUGCCCAAGAUGCUGCACCAUUUUUCACUAAAUCCUUCAUUGGUGCUGCUGAUUGGCUCAGGCCGGUGCCGAAUCGUUUCAAGAGAGCCUUCUCUUCACAUCCCUAAUUACCAUAUAAUUGCAAACAUUCUUUAUUAUUUUCCUCUUAUGUAUCUAAACACUAAUAAAUCUGUUCAUAAUAUUAAUUAUAUUUCACGAUUCUUUGAUGUACAUUUACUCAAACAUAAAGUUUGGUUUAUUUUCGAUUCAUUCGUAUUUGUUAUUUGUCAUCAAACUACAAAAUUAAUUAGAGUGAGAAGAUGAUUUUCUUGAAA